CUGCUCCUUAAAUGCGCUGUCUCUAUGAUGUCAGGAAAAGAUGGCGGAAAGGAGUAUCGCGGACCUGUUGCGUGAAGCAGCAGAUCGAAUUGAACGGCAAACAGGAGACGAUUUGCUUCCCCACCCUGAUGGGGAGAAGAUGACCAGAUGUUUCCUGCAAGAGCUGGUGAGCAUCCUCCUUGCUUAUAUUACCAAGACUUUUGACCGGAGCAGCAAAGUUCUGGACUUCCAUCACCCACAUCAGCUUAAGGAGGGCCUGGAGGGAUUCAGCCUGGAGCUUCCAGAUCAGCCUGAAAACCUGGAGCAGCUCCUAGUCGACUGCAGGGACACCUUAAAAUAUGGAGUCAAGACAGGGCAUCCACGUUUUUUGAACCAGCUCUCCACGGGCCUUGAUAUUAUUGGUCUGGCUGGUGAAUGGCUGACAUCGACUGCUAACACGAACAUGUUUACUUUUGAAAUAGCCCCAGUUUUUAUCCUCAUGGAGGAAACCAUCUUGAGGAAAAUGCAGGAGAAAGUGGGCUGGGCUGAAGAAGGGGAUGGAAUGUUCUGUCCAGGUGGUUCCAUAUCCAACCUGUACAGCGUGUUACUGGCCCGAUAUGACAUGUACCCAGAAGUGAAGACAGGAGGAAUGAGCGACCUUCCCAGACUGGCAUUAUUCACCUCCGAACAUAGUCAUUAUUCCGUGAAGAAAGCUGCACACAUUCUUGGCAUUGGGACAAAGAAUGUUUUUGUCGUGAAAUGUGAUGCAAGAGGAAAGAUGAUCCCUGUAGAACUGGAAUCAAGCAUUCUGAGAGCAAAAAAUGCUGGCUGUGUUCCGUUCUACGUCAAUGCCACAGCAGGCACCACCGUGUACGGGGCCUUUGACCCUUUUCUCCACAUCGCUGACAUCUGCAGUAAGCAUGGCCUGUGGAUGCAUGUUGACGCUGCCUGGGGGGGUGGACUCCUCUUGUCCGAACGGCAUUGUGGGAAACUGCGAGGGAUUGAGCGAGCUUCAUCUGUUACCUGGAACCCUCACAAGAUCAUGGGGGUUCCGCAGCAGUGCUCCGCCCUGCUGGUGAAAAAGAAGGGCAUCUUGCUGGAGUGUAACCAGCUGGGGGCACAGUACCUCUUCCAGCCAGACAAACCGUACGACGUGUCCUAUGACACCGGAGACAAGAGCAUCCAGUGUGGCAGGCAUGUGGAUGUCUUCAAGCUCUGGCUUAUGUGGAAAGCCAAGGGCUCUGAGGGGUUUGGAUCGCAGAUCAACAGGUGUUUGGAAAACGCAGAGCACCUGUUCAAUCUCUUGAGCGAACGAGAGGAUUUUGAGCUUGUAUUUAAAAGCAAGCCAGAACACAGCAACGUGUGCUUCUGGUACAUUCCGCCCAGCCUGAGAGUGAUUGCACCAGAAGCAGAGAGAGACAGGAGGCUUCAUGAGGUCGCUCCAAAGAUCAAGGCCAAAAUGAUGGAAACGGGAUCCGUAAUGAUUGGCUACCAGCCCACCACAGAGAAGGUCAAUUUCUUCAGAUGCGUGUUCUCCAACCCUGCCACCACUAAGGAGGAUGUGGACUUCCUUUUGGACGAGAUUGUUCGACUAGGAUGUGGCCUGUGAACUGUCACCUGAUUUCGUCACUUUUGUAUAUAUACUUGUUUGUCCACACCUUUACUUUGCUAGAUUGGUAUGUGUUAUUCGCAUUCUCACAAGCAGUUUCCUGACUGUCUAUUCUGUGCAUCCACCUGUUUCUGGAUAAGUAGACUUCUGAUUUCUGCACGCAAUUCUGUACCCUACGCCUCUUGGAUCGCUAUUCUCUGUACGAACCCUUCAUCUGUGACCACAACCACGCCAUUGCCAGUCUCCACUGUGAUUGUUUGCCGGUGAUUGAACUCUGUCUGUCUCUGAAAAUAAAACCUCAGCUCUACUCA